AUGAAUAACAAAACACUUGUCAUGUACGUAGAAAUAGGUUGCUUUGUGAGUUGUGUAUGCGGAUGGAUGUUGGUUUGUGUCACCAUGCCAAUGGAAUACUGGACAUUCUCUGAGGUUGCUUCUACAGUACUCACUAACAAUCGCUUCCAUUCCAACCUGUGGAAGGAUUGUACCUCUGAUUCUACUGGAAUGGUUGACUGCAAGGAGUUUCCAACAUUACUUGCUUUGCAAACAUACAUCCAUUUGUGUCGGGCACUUAUCAUCACCUCUAUACUUCUGGGACUAUUUGGAGCUAUUCUGGCCCUAGUGGGGAUGAAGUGUACCAAACUUGGUGGAUCUGAGAUCGCAAAUGCGAGAGUUACUUUUGCUGCAGGGAUGAAUUACCUCGUAUCAGGUCUUUGUGCUAUAUUUGCUUACAGCUGCUAUGGAAAUAAGAUAGUUACAGAGUUCAUGGACCCCAACUAUAGGACACAAAAGUUUGAGCUUGGAUCAGCGCUCUAUAUUGGCUGGGGUGGCUCCACUUUUCUCAUAAUAGGGGGGCUCAUCAUGAGCAUCUUGGGAGGAAAUGAGGGCUGCCACUCAAGUUCCACCAAAAAAGAAAGAUCAAAAUUCACUGUUUAUGAAGCCCCCUCUACUGAAGGUAGAGCAGCAGCAAAACAAGCACAAGCUCCUCUCCCUCAGGAGAAAAUCAGGAAGUCUGAACGCUCUACUAAACCCUACAAUAAAGCAUAUGUCAAGGACGAAUAUGUAUAG